AUGGGGCUCUUUAAUAGAUCUCAAAACAAUCAACCCAUACAACAAAACAAUCCAUACUCAUCAUUAGAACAACCCACAAAUAAUUCCAAUGAUUUAAAAAAUGGCCCUUAUUUAACCGAAGAAUUGACAGACCAAGAUCCAGAAUCAUUAUCAUCCCAAUCAACAAACUUAAAAUUUGAUUCAUCAACAGGUUCCAAAAGAGCAUUGAAAAAUCGUCAUUUAUCAUUAAUUGCCCUUGCUGGGAUCAUUGGACCUGGUAUCUUAUUAGGUGCAGGACAAAGUUUAACAAAAGGUGGUCCAUUAGCUAUGCUUAUAGCUGUAUUAAUUGUUGGGAUUAUUGCAUAUUCAAUGAUGACUUCUAUUGGUGAGAUGAUUAGUGUUUAUCCAGCGGGGAAUGGGUUUACUACAUUGGCUAGGAGAUUCCAUAGUGAUGCUUUGAGUGCUGUACAGGGGUAUCUAUAUGUUAUUAUUUGGUUUUGCGUUUUGAGUAAUGAAUAUAAUGCAAUUUCUUCGAUAAUGUCAUUUUGGGAUACUGAUGAAAAAAUACCAAUUUAUGGAUAUAUUUUAAUUUUUUGGUUUGCUUUUCAAAUUUUUCAAAUCUUGGGUGUGGAGGCAUUUGGAGAAUCUGAAUAUUGGUUAGCCCUUUUUAAAAUUAUUGGAUUAUGUGUUUAUUAUAUUUUUUCCAUUAUUUAUAUAUCAGGUGGUAUUAAAAAUAGACCUGCAUUUGGGUUUCAUUAUUGGAAUGAUCCUGGAGCGUUGACUCAUGGAUUUAGAGGUAUUGCCACUGUUUUUGUUUAUUUUUCAACUUUUUAUUCCGGAACAGAAGCAGUUGCCAUUACAGCAAAUGAAUCAAAAAAUCCAUCAAUUGCCAUCCCUCGUGCUGUUAGACAAACCACUAUUCGUAUCCUAUUUGUUUAUAUUGCAAUUGCCGUGUUUUAUGGUGCAACAGUCUCAUCAAAUGAUCCAUUGUUAACAUCAGAUACAGGUGCAUUAAAAUCUCCUAUUGGUAUUGCCCUUGUUAGAGCCGGUUGGAGUAAUGGUACACAUUUAGUUAAUGCAUUUGUCCUUGUGACAUGUAUAAGUGCAGUUAAUAGUUCAAUUUAUAUGGGUUCAAGAACUUUAACAAAUUUAGCAACAGAAAAAUUAGCCCCAAGGUUCCUGGGUUGGAAAGAUAAAAGAGGUGUUCCAAUUUAUGCUAUAACGUUGAUGAACCUGUUGGGUUUAAUUUCAUUAAUGAAUGUUUCUACAGGUGCUUCCAAGGCAUAUAAUUAUAUUGUUAAUAUUUCAGGUGUUGCCGUUUUCAUGGUUUGGGGGAUUAUUUCAUUUACACAUCUUAGAGUUCGUAAAGCAUGGAAGUUACAAGGUUAUGAUAUAAGUACCAUACCAUAUAAAUCCCAAUUUUAUCCAUGGAUAACAUGGUUUGGCCUCGGUGCAACUAUUUUUUUAACUCUUGUCCAGGGGUGGACUUCUAUAAAACCAUUUAAAGUUGAUGAAUUUAUUGAUUCUUAUAUUUUGAUACCUUUUAGUAUAAUACUUUAUUUAAGUAUUUGUAUUUUGAAAAAACAAUGGAGACCUGUUGAUUUGGAGACAUUGGAUCUUGAUGAAGGUCGUAGACAAGAUUUAGAAAUUGAACCAAAUAAUGAAUCAAAACCUUGGUAUAAGAAAAUUUUUAAUAGUUUAUAG